AUGUCAGCAGAAAGAUAUACCUUAUAUAAAACCCAAAAUCAAAUCCUCAAGGAAAUAUUAGAGAUUUCAGAGAAGCUGAAAUCGGGAACGACUAGGAAGGUUGCUUUAGAAGCAAAUUCAAAGUCGCUGGAGAACAAAAUGCAGGAAGCUAGGACAAAUCAAGCGAAAUUAGAAUUAUAUGAACAAAAAGAUGAGCCAUAUUUUAAAGAGAACAUAUGGGGCAGAAUUGAGAGCUAUUACAAAGAAUGCAAGGAGCUAAUACAAAAAAUUAAAGAUGAACCCGAAAAGCCAGAGAUGGGAAUAGUGGAACAGGGCCGUCGGAAAGUAGAAGCGCUCGAAAAUCUUGGGGCAGUAAAGAACACCGAGAAUAACAAUGAGGCAAUGGAGCAACAAUUUCGAGCGUUACAGGAGAGUAUGCUAAGCCAGUUCAAAUUGCAGCAGGAACAAUGGCAAAAACAACAAGAGCAAAUGAAGAUACAACAGGAACAAAUGCAGAAAUCUAUACAAGAGCAAAUGAGGCAGAUGCUGCAGUUUCAACAUCCAUAUGGAAAUAAUAAAGGAGGCGAAGAAGGAGAUGGAAAACUAACCAUUGUAACCACUCAUGCUAGCAGUGAUAAGAAAAAUGCAGUGCUUUCCCAAUUCAGAAGAAAGAUCCUGAAGCUUUCAGACUCCAUAGAAGAAGAUAUUUCAGGAGUAAGUAAAUAUGCUCUGGAAAAUAUGAAGGUUUCAUGGGAAAAGCAAUUCGACGACAUAAAACGGCUACAUUUAGAAUUAACAACAGAACAUGGAAUGGAGGAAGUGGAUGAUGAAUUGGAAGAUAUUGAAAGGAAAAUGAAUACGAAAAUAAAUAAUAUUAUUUUAAAGAUAGGUGGCCUAAAAGAAGAAUCUCAGGCAGUGGAGUUAAAAAGAAUACAGAUUCCAUGUUUCAAUGGAAAUAUGGAGGAAUGGAGUUCCUUCCACGAUUUAUUUAAGAAAUUGGUUGAUAGGAACGCUCAACUAUCCGAGGUACAAAAGUUAUACUACCUCAAAACUAAUCUGAGAGGAGAGGCGUUUCGUUUGGUGCAACAUUUGCAAGUGACCAACGCAAACUACAAAGCAGCGUGGGAACUAUUAGAAAAACGCUAUGACAACAAACGAAUUUUAUUCACGAAAUUGAUUGAUAAAAUUUUGGAUCACCCGAAUAUAAACAGUCUAUCUGCAGCAAGCAUACGAAAUUUGGUAGAUAGCGUUAACGAAAGCAUACACGCGUUGAGAGCAAUGGGUAUACCGUUGGAACAUGCGGACCCUAUAAUAGCCAGAAUAAUAAUAAGGAAAUUGGAUAAAGAUGGACUCAUUCAAUAUGAGCAGAACGUCAAAAAAUCAAAGGAGAUCCAAAAACUUGAAGAUGUAAUGGACUUCUUAGAACAGCAAUACCAGGCCUUGGAAGCAUCAACGAGCAAAAAAUAUGCUGUUUCAGCAACGUAUAAAAAUCAAGAUAAAUCCGGAGGGUUGGAAAAGAGGCAAUGCAGGUUUUGUAAGCUGAUUGGACAUGAAGUUGUGGCUUGUAGAAAAUUUGCGGCACAACCGGCAAACGAUAGAUUUAGUUGGGUGAAAGCAGCCCAAAUGUGCCUCAGAUGUAUUAAGCACUCGAAAGACAAAAGAUGCCUGAGUGAUUCCAAAUGCCAGAAGUGUGGAUUACAGCAUAACACAUUAGUCCACUUGGAAAAAACAAGCAACACAAAAUCCAUGACCACACAUGCAACAACAAAUGUUCUUCUUGCUACAGCUCAAGUUCGAGUCAAAUCUUGGUAUGGAGAAUAUAUCACUUUAAGAGCCUUGAUAGAUCAAGGAUCACAGAUAACUUCUGUAUCCGAAGAUGCGGCGCAGUUGCUACAAUUACCAAGAUCAAGGACUGAGGUGAGAUUACGAGGUCUAGGAGAUACCAUGGUGGGCGUUGCGAAAUCUAAAGUAUUGCUGAAGAUAAGGCCGAGAUUUUUCAGCAACAAUAAAAUUAUAACGGAAGCACUAGUCUUGCCGAAAUUAGCAUCAGCUCAUCCUGACAACAAUUUCCAUUACGACUUGGAGAAAUGGAAAAACAUAACUCUAGCAGAUCCAAAUUUUUAUAAUUCCGAAAGAAUCGAUCUGGUAAUUGGCGCGGACAUUUUCCAACAAAUAUUGGAAGAAGGUGUUCGCCAUGAAGAGAAGAUAGUGGCACAAAAUACAAAACUAGGAUGGAUUCUUUCCGGAAUAAUUCAGAUGAAAUCCGGAGGAAAUAACGUGAGAUCAGCUGCGACGACGACAAUAGAACGGUUUUGGGAAAUAGAAGAGAUUGAAGAUGAAGAAACGAUAGCAGAAGAUGAUUACUGUCUAAAACUAUAUGAGGAAACAACACGAGUCGAUCAAGCGGGAAGAUUUGUAGUGCGAUUGCCAUUUGCUGAAGACAGACGUUUGGGAGAAUCAUAUAAAAGAGCAAUGGCGAGAUUUUUAAGUCUAGAGAAAAGAUUAGAAGGAUGUCCGAAAUUGAAAGCAGAAUACAUAAAAACAAUAGAUGAUCUAAUUACAACUAAACACAUGGUGAAAGUAGAAGAGAGAAAACAAGGAAAAUAUUAUAUGCCGCAUCAAGCAGUGAUACGUGAAACCAGCUUAACCACAAAAGUAAGAGUGGUGUUUGAUGCAUCGUCGAAAACAUCAAAUGGAAAGUCGCUGAAUGACAUUAUGCAUACAGGUCCAAAGUUGCAAAAGGACAUAUUUGAUAUUAUUACCAAAUGGAGAACUUGGAGAUUUGUCAUAUCAGCCGAUGUAGAAAAAAUGUUUAGACAAAUAAACAUAGACAAAGAAGAUCAAGAAUACCAAUAUGUCCUGUGGAGAAAUAACAAGAGCGAGCCAGUGCAACAAUUCAAACUCACCACAGUGACAUAUGGCACCGCAUCAGCACCGUUUUUGGCUGUAAGGACGCUGAUAGAAAUUGCAAAUCGAUGCGAGAAUCAAGAUAUAGCCAAAAGAAUAAAAGAAGAUUUAUACAUGGACGAUUUACUUACAGGAGCGAAUUCAAAACUAGAAUGUAUGGAAGUACAAGAGAAUAUAGCUCAACAACUGGAAAUGUAUGGGUUCCAUUUAAGAAAAUGGAUAGCAAAUUCUUCGGAUAUAUUGAGAGCUGUAAAUCGGGCUGAAGAAAAUGAAGUAUUGCAAAUUCAAGAAGAUAACUGCUUGAAAACGCUAGGAUUGCAAUGGAGUCCACUGAUGGAUUGCUUUACAUUCAGUAUGGAAGUAAAACAGGAAGACAAGGUGACCAAACGAAUGGCGUUAUCAAGUCUAGCGAAAAUAUUUGAUCCACUGGGUUGGCUGACACCAGUAACCAUAACAGCAAAACUAUUUAUUCAGCAGUUAUGGAUCCAGCAAUUAGAUUGGGAUAUACCGUUGGAUGGAAAAUUGAGUGAUGACUGGAAGAAAUUUGCGUAUAGUCUCCACGUAAUAAAGAACGUGAAGAUACCAAGAUGGUUUCAAAUAGCACCAGUCAGUGGAGUAGAGCUACACGGGUUUGCUGAUGCGUCCGAAAAGGCAUAUGCGGCAGUAGUUUAUCUAAAAGUGGAUUCUCAAAUUGCAAUCGUGGCUGCGAAGAGAAAAGAUCAAAAGAAAAUCCAGCUGACUUAG